CAGUACGUUUCCCUAAUGCCCCCUCCCCUUGCCCCAAAUGGUAUAACCCAAACAAGUAUGGCGGAGCCUGUCCGACCGAAAGUAGGAGUCGGUGUGUUGGUGACCAGCCACCAGCACCCAGGCUGUGUUGUGGUCGGGAAGAGGAAAGGAGCAGCCGGUUCAGGAACAUAUGCACUGCCUGGUGGGCAUCUGGAGUUCGGUGAGGAGUGGGCAGACUGUGCAACCAGGGAGGUUCUAGAGGAGACUGGGCUGAAACUGAAGAACAUCAGAUUUGCCACAGUGGUGAAUGGAAUAAAGCUGUCUGAGAACUACCACUACAUUACCAUCUUCAUGCAGGCAGAGGUGGACUCUAGCUACCGAGAGGAACCGGUCAACCUAGAACCGGAUAAAUGUGAAGGAUGGGAGUGGUUUGCGUGGGACAAGUUUCCUGACCACGACCAGCUGUUCCGACCUCUGCAGUGCUGCAGAGAAGAAGGUUACAACCCUUUCCAUACAAACAACAGAUGACAACAGGAUUCUCUGUCAGGCUUGUAGAAAUCAAGUGUUGUCAGGCUUGUAGAAAUCAAGUGUUAACACUUUGCCAAACCAAGGACCAAGUCUUUAAAAAAACCAAUCAUCAUAAGAUUUUAGAGAAUGUCAAGUUAUCCAACAUCUUGAAUUCUGCCUUCCAAGGAGACAAGCAAGGUUCUGACAGUAAAGAAUUCAAUAUAACUUUGGUAACAAACUAUCAGUAGGUAAAUAGGACAUCUCUGUGGUUCAAAAUAACACAUACAUGUAGUUGGGUAUUUUUUGUCUUUUUUUUUUACAUUUUAUAGAUCUUUAUUCUCCAGUAUUCACUGUUUAACACCAGUAUAUAAACAUUGAAUAAACAUGAA